AUGGUGUCCAAUGAUGAAGAGCGACUAAAAAUCUUCCACUACCGUUUCACAACAUGGAGAAACGGUGCACCAUCUAUUCUCCAGGAGUUACUUGACUUGGGAUCUCUCUGGAAAGAUAUGGGGUUGCCAGGAGAUUGCCCCGAUGCGCCAACUGAACAGGAGCUUCGUGAGCAUGCCAUGCAACAUGAAGGCUUUAAAACAACGUAUAAGUUGACAGAUAUCCCUGCGGACGAUAUCCCUGCGGACGACGACGGAUGGAUGGAUACCAAAUGA